CAGGAAGCGGACGGUUGCUCGGCACCCGGCUCGGAUGUUGUGAGCAAAGAUGUCUAUUGUCUAGUGAGAGGAGUCUGUUUUUGGACAUUAAAACAUGUCACAGGGAAUUUAGUCCUUGAUUAAACUGCGGUGUGACGCUCGCGGCUUUCGUUUCGGAGAGAGGCCCUGCCGUUUUGUUCAGUUUGUCGGUCAGUUCGACAGAGAGAGACUGAGCUUCGCGACUCGACGACGGCAACGCUUCUCUCACUCACGUCGACACACACACACAGUCUCACACAGGAGGAAAAACAAACGAAACGUUAUUAUUUCAAUAAACAUUAUUAUAAAGUUCCGGUUAACUAGCAGCGCUUCAAUAAACCGGCCGUGGUCUUUUUCGGAAAAAGUGUCCGGCGCUCGUUACGUUAGCACCGUCUCUCCGGCCGUCUCCACUCCAGCAGCAGUGAAGCUACUUCCGUUUCCCAGUUAAAGAAGAUACUAAGUAACGAUUGAGCAGCAACACUGUGUUCAGUCAGUGAUGAGUGUCUGAACUGGACAGCAGCUGUCAGAAGAGCUGUCAUACAGCACGCCGUCCGUCUCCUGGUAUGAAUCUGUGAGGCCCCGAAAGACCCCGUCCCCGAUGGAACCCAACAAUGACGUGGCGCUGGACAUCAUCAUCACCAACGUGGUGGCGGUCUUCAGAACCAGGUGCCAUUUAAACCUUCGCACCAUCGCGCGCGAGGGCUCCAAUGUCAUCUACAAGCCGGAGGUCGGGAAAGUUCUGAUGAAACUGAGGAAGCCGAGAAUCACGGCGUCGAUAUGGUCCUCGGGAAAGAUCAUUUGUACGGGAGCUACAAGCGAAGAAGAAGCAAAGCUGGGGGCGCGCAGGCUGGCCCGCUGUCUCCAGAAACUCGGGUUUAAGGUGAAAUUCACAGAUUACAAGGUGGUGAAUGUCCUGGCCGUCUGCACGAUGCCCUUCCAGAUCCAGCUCAUCGAAUUCACCAAAAACAACAGACCCAUCGCCAGCUACGAGCCAGAGCUUCACCCAGCCGCCUCAUACAGAAUAAAGAACCUGAAGGCCACAGUGCAGAUCUUCUCCACCGGCAGCAUCACAGUCACAGGACCAAACGUUCAGUUCGUCGCUACAGCCGUUGAGCAGAUUUAUCCCCUGCUGUUCGAAUGUAAGAUGGCUGCGAGAUGAAGGAGCAUCGGCAGCAGCUCGGGUUCGGAACACGGACACAGCAUUUACUCUGGGCCGUGUGGUAACGUGACCCGCUGCACCCGUCCUCACCGCUCCGCACUGGGCACUUUUCUACUGUAGUCGCAUUGCGUGCAUGUCCUUUUCCUUUUUAACGUCACCGUGUUUUAGCGCAUGAACGCCAAAGACGCUGUUCAGACAGUAUUUCAUGUGGUCAGAGCAUCCCAUCCAUGUAAAUUCUUUUAACUGGAGCACACAUCCGUAGAGACACACCCGGGCUCAUGGACAUUGGCAUCGAUACUCUAUUUUGUACUUGUGAAUUAACCUUGGCGUGACAUUAGAGUUUGAGGAGGUGUCUUAUAAAACCUGCCAACCUGUAACGUGUUA